AUGCAGUUACUUUUCCCUCGUUCUCGUAACGGUGGAUGCCACAUGUACGCGCCGUCUAUUGAGCAGACCCUGGACUGGUACCACAUCUCGCAACUGCGACUACCGACCUACCGCUUCAGACACAAUGCGCGUUUUCAUCCGUAUAUUCGCUAUGUCGAAACCGACCCUCUUAUGUCAACCAUUGACGAGUGCGACUCUCCUCGCCCGGCUCUCCCGCCGCCGCCUCCACCACCGGCCUAUCUCGCCAACGAAGUCCCACAAGCCCAGGAGUUCGAUGGCGACGGUGAGAUAGAAGGCAAUGAAGAAGCUGCGGAGAGACGACGGUUCAUCCAGGUUAUUUUGGCUAACCUCAAAGCCGCAGCAGAAAGGAUAAUCCGACGCCAACCAAAGUAG